UUCAUCAGCUAGAGAUGGCUCAAGAGCGACCAUCAAACCCCCAGCCAACCCGCGUUGGUCUGUGGUGUGUGCCUCGAUCCACUUCCACCGUUUUAACCAAAUGUCUGAGCGCCAUUGACGGAAUGGAAGUCUAUCUCGAGCUCUACUCCUACGCUUCUCUCCUUAGAGGCUAUUACUCGACGUCGACAGGUCGUCAGCUUCCUUGCGACAUCGUCGGGAACGAGGCGGUCUACGCAGAGGCAAACGACAUCUGGGAGAAAAAUGUCGGCUACCGAAUGCUGCCGAGAUGGAUGUCAUAUCAGACAAUCAAGGAAGAUCUCGAAAAUGCAAGCAGUCAGUACGUUCUGCUCAAGGAAAUGGCGUCAAAUCCGAUUGACCCUCACUGUCUUCCCGAAGGAUACAAAUACACCUUCCUCAUUCGGGAUCCAUCGCGGGUCUUCACUUCGGCUCGGAAAAUAGCGGGGUCUAAGUAUGCCGAGGUCGGUAUGAUACCCUCCGAAGCUGAUUUUGAUUUAAUCCGAGAUGACCCGAUCGACAAUCAACCAAUGAAAUGGUUCGAAAAUCAACAUCGGCUUUGGAAAUACGUGAAAGAGAAUAUCGACCCAGAGCCGAUUGUCCUCGACGCUUCCGACAUCGUCUCCAGACCAGGACCAACUAUCAAGGCAUUCUGCAAUGUUGUCGGGUUUCCAUACAGCGAACAGCUACUUCAGUUGAAGCCUACAAGUGAAAUUCCAAAUAAUUUUGUCACAGCAGGUAAAAACGUGUUCAAGGAGAUGUUCAUGUAUUAUGAGAGAGCCUUCACGAGCACGCGUUUUGUGCCCGACGAGCUUGGUUCAAUACCACGUGAUCAGCUGUCAGAUGACGUCAUCAGAUGUGUAGAUUAUUCGAUGCCGUUUUAUCAGGAGAUGCUUGAGAGCAAGCUAUGUGUUUCGUAG